UUGAACAUAGGCAAAAGCUUGAAGACGAUCUUAACAAUGUCUAGAGCAAGGCGGCUGCAUGGGAAGGUGGCUCUUAUAACAGGAGCCGCCAGCGGCAUCGGCGAGGAGACGGCGAGACUAUUUGCAGCCAAUGGUGCUUCUGUUGUCAUAGCAGAUAUCAACGACGAACUAGGCCGGAAUGUGGCAGCCUCCAUCGGCAUCGACCAAGCCAGCUUUCACCACUGUGAUGUGAGAGAUGAGGAGCAAGUUGAAAAAACAGUGAGCUACACUGUUGAAAAACACGGCCGCCUCGACAUUCUCUUUAGCAACGCCGGCAUCGUUGGCUCUCUCACUUCAAUUCUCAAGCUUGACAUGUUCAACUUCGACAAUAUAAUGGCGACCAAUGUCCGUGGGGUGGUUGCGACGAUCAAGCAUGGCGGACAAGCAAUGGUGGAACGCAACAUACGGGGGUCAAUAAUAUGCACGACAAGCGUUUCGGCGACAGUCGGUGGGGUGGCGUCGAUGGCGUACACGAGCUCAAAGCAUGCAGUGUUGGGGGUGGUGAGAUCGAGCUGCAUGGAGCUCGGGACGUACGGGAUUAGGGUGAACUGCGUGUCGCCAUAUGGGGUGGCGACGCCGCUGGCUUUCCGGACAUUGAAUUUGGAAGAGAAUAAGCUUGAAGAAGUUCUUAGUUCAAAGACAAGUUUGAAGGGUGUGGUGUUGAAGGCUAGCCAUAUAGCUGAGGCUGCUUUGUUUCUUGCAUCUGAUGAAUCAGUUUAUAUAAGUGGACAAAACUUGAUUGUUGAUGGAGGCUUCACAGCCGUCAGAUCAAUCAUAUAACUCUCCCUCUAAUUUUUAAGGGCCUGUAGGAUUUGAAGUAAUAACCAAUGUGCUAAUACUUUGGAAAUAUUCGAAAAGUUGGCACUUUGUGAUGAACACACCUUCCCAUUGAAAUAAAAACUUGUGCAAUGAAUUAAAUGGAA